GUACAGCUCACUUUCUCAUGUCCAAUAUCUGUACAAGUUCAAGUUGGUAGAAAACACAACUAGAAAAGAACAAUGGUGUCAAUUACCUCUGCCCUCCUCCCCUCACUCCUGCCAUCCCCUCCCAUGGCCCUGAUAUGGAAUUUCACACAAAAAUUUAAACUGAGAUAAAAUAGCAACAUUUCCCAAAUUUCUGCCUCUUUGUUCCAGUUUUGCUUUUGAUAUGGGGGGGGGGGGCUGGGGAGCGGCGGAGGAAGAAUCCAGCUCCCAAGCCUCUCCUCUGCCCUCCUUUUAUGGGGGUGGUCUUUAAGGCGCUGAGGGAAAUCUUUUUAGGAUAACCUCCUUUCUGCUUUUCCUCUGUCAGCUCACUGCCAACCACGCAGUCAGAGGCGGCGAGAAGGCUCCGACCCCGGCUCGGAUCCGAGACGGGAGAGGCAAAGAUCGCGAAGCCCAGUGCCCCGGAGCUGUCAGGGGCAGGUGACACGGUUGUCGUUGUGGGUUCCCGGGCGCUAACUUGACAGUUUCAUCCCCGCCCACUCGCAGGAGAGCGCCAGACCCGGUUCCACGCGCGCGCGCAGGGUCAUAAAAGCGGCAGCGGCGCGGAGGCGCGGAGCUCGCCCACCGCCCGAGCCGCGGCGGCACCAUGCAUGUGAACGGCAAAGUGGCGCUGGUGACCGGCGCGGCGCAAGGCAUAGGCAGAGCCUUUGCAGAGGAGCUGCUGCACAAGGGCGCCAAGGUAGCGCUGGUGGAUUGGAAUCUUGAAGCAGGUGUAAAGUGUAAAGCCGCCCUCGAUGAACAGUUUGAACCUCAGAAAACUCUGUUCAUCCAGUGUGAUGUGGCUGACCAGGAAAAACUGAGAGAUACUUUUAGAGAAGUUGUAGACCACUUUGGAAGAUUGGACAUUUUGGUAAAUAAUGCUGGAGUGAAUAAUGAGAAAAACUGGGAAAAAACUCUGCAAAUUAAUUUGGUUUCUGUUAUCAGUGGAACCUAUCUUGGCUUGGAUUAUAUGAGUAAGCAAAAUGGAGGUGAAGGUGGCAUCAUUAUCAAUAUGUCAUCUUUAGCAGGGCUCAUGCCUGUUGCACAGCAGCCUGUGUACUGCGCCUCAAAGCAUGGCAUAGUCGGAUUCACACGCUCAGCAGCGAUGGCUGCUAAUCUUAUGAAGAGUGGCGUGAGGCUGAAUGCCAUUUGCCCAGGCUUUGUUAAUACGCCCAUCCUCGAAUCCAUUGAAAAAGAAGAAAACAUGGGGAAAUAUAUAGAAUACAAGGAUGAUAUCAAGAAUAUGAUGAAAUUCUAUGGAAUUUUGGACCCAUCGACAAUUGCCAAUGGAUUAAUAACCCUCAUUGAAGAUGAUACCUUAAAUGGAGCCAUUAUGAAGAUCACAACUUCUAAGGGGAUUCAUUUUCAAGACUAUGAAGCAAGCUCAUUUCAGGCAAAAACUCAGUGAACAUUUUAUAUGUUGGCCAUAUCUGAAAAUUAUCACAAAUGACAUAUUCAGAGCAUAUUUACAUUUGUAUAUAACUUUUUAAAUGAAAUAUUAUAGCUUGAAGCUUUUCUUAAAUAUGGGAACUAGAGAAAUUUCCUUCGUGCAUUUUAUGUUAAGAUGUUAAUGUUUUUCUAAAUGAUUAGUUAAACAAAUGGAUAAAAAUAUUAUAAACUAUCAAAAAGAUGAUGUGGACAAAGGGUAGGUUGUGAUUUUUACAAUCAUAUGAAAUUAAAUGAUUAAAACAAAGAAUAUUCAAGGAAUAUUCUGCCUUUCUGAAAUCUUAUUUAUAUCUGUUGUUUAUAAAUAUUAAUGUUUUUCAGAACAUCCUUUUAAAAGAGAUACUUGAAUUGCUAAUUAAAUCAAGCCUGAUAAUUAAAAAAAAAAAAACUUAUUUUGUUGCUAUGGUCACACUUUAAAAGAAGAAAACUACCUACAUUGGCAAAUGUUUAUCAAUAAUUUUUUACUUAUAUACCAUAUUUUAGCUGAAGUUCUCUGCUCUUUAAAGAUGUUGCAUAUAAUGGGGCCAGUAGUUAAGGAAUAAAUUUCAGUGUGGAUAUAUUGAAAAAAUCUGAUAUAUGGGAAAACGACAGAAUGUGACUAGAUGAGACUGUUCAUUAACAACUCAGCCUCUCAUCUAGGAAAAACACUUCUUUCCUCUCUGCUCACUUAAAAAUUUUGACUUACGAAACCUCAGGAAUGAAACUUUUUUCAAUGCAAUUUUAUUGAGAUAUAUUCACACACCAUAUAAUACAUCCAAAGUAUACUAUCAGUGGCUCACGGUAUAAUCAUAUAGUGGUGCAUUCAUCACAAUCAAUUUUAGAACAUUUUCAUUGCUCCAAAAUAAAGAAAAAACUAAAAAUUAAAAAGAACACUCAAAACAUCCCAUACCCCUUAUCCCCACCCCCCUACAUU